AUGGAGAUGUAUAUGAAGGGCAACGAGAACUAUCACGGUAUCGGAAAGGGUGAGAUCGAGUAUAUGAUCCACCAUAUCAUCCUCCCGCCAAAUGUUCCGCGAGCGGAGGUCGAAGAACAGAGGCCAAAACAUCAUCUACUUUUGAAAUUUCUCCUUCAAAUUGCGGAGAAGUAUAUCCCUAGCUCCGAUACAUCCGACCUCUGUGUGCCCGGUUAUAUUCAAAAUAUUCUUAACCCUAUGACGGAGAUUCAUGACCCAAGGGAGGACUUCCCAAAAGCGAUUCAAAAUGCGCUAAUUCACCUAGCAUCAGGAGAUGCAUUCGCCUUGCACGUACUCAUGCAAAAUGCGGGCAUAAUUUUCCGCCGUGUAGACGGUACUUUACAGUUCGAAGUUUUUGAAGCAUCAGCUGAUGCAGAAGCCGUCGUUACCUGUCAGGGACGACUAAAAUGCACCUACCCAGGCCCAGCAACGUGCAUCCCUUGGGAUGUUGUUUCAGACCCCGGUUUCUUGAAAGAACUGGCUGCGUUCCUGCAUCAUAUGGAUACCUACGAAUUUACCGCCAGAACGAGGAAAAAGAGCCACAAAGGAGGAAAUCGGCUUAGCGAGACCCGUGAGACUGUGGACCCGUGUUAUAUCAUAGAGCUAUUAACUGGGAUAAUGAGGGGGAUUGGUAAGGAGAUUGGUGUCGGCCGUGUCACAAAAAACGUGAGAGACGAAGUUAACUCGGGUUCUGCAAAGAAUCCAUGGAGGCGAAGCGGCCUAUGGCUCGUUACUCGAGUGGCUUUGCAGACAACUUUGAGUGCUAGGGAUUAUAAGUGUUUCUUGUUGGAAGUUGUCCGAGUGAUACUGCAGCAAGCCGUUCAGUUUGAUCUCGAUAGCUUCACAGUUUCAUGUAUCAGCAAAAAGCUGGCUCGCCGCGCUCAAAAACUUGGGGAGAAUCAAAUUUCUUCUCUCUUACUGGAAAAUAUUAUGCGGACUUCGGAAGUGGCAUCCCGCUUGAUUUCGAGACGAUGGGAAACGGCUAUUGCGGCGUCUCAACGACAAGUCACGUGGAAUAGCCAACUGGGGACUUCUUCGAACAUUUCAGUGAACACGCAGCUUCGUUUGCCAACUGGUUCGAAAUGGAUAAAGAAACGAAUAGAAGUAUUUGAAAACCCCCCAAAAUUGCGAGGAGUUAUCAAGGAUCCUUCCGAAGUUGUCUGCCAUCUUUACGGGAAACAUUUUCCAACGAUGAUAACGGGCACAGAAUCAGAGACGGCCAUAAGCAUAAUUGACUUCGAAAAUUGGGUCAAGGUGCAUCUCCAAGAUUGGUGUAACAGCAAUUCUGAGGCAGAUAUCGUGGAAAUCUUAGCGAGGACAAUUCAAACUUAUCACGUUAAAGCAAGGGGUAUUUACCUGAACAGCAACGUCCUUGACACAUCCUUGAUGAUGCUCACCAUUCUGGAGAUGUGGGUGCAGCUCGACGAAGCACUCUGCCGGAUGGAAUCAUUGAUGCGCCAAUACUCACCGGAGCUACCAUUAAAUAUUUUAGAGCCUUUACUUGUAAUCCAGCAGUCAGAUAUGGCUCGGGUCCGGAAGGUAGAAAGGUAUCUUGCUAAGCGGUAUGAAGCAUUGCCACCAUGCCACCGAACUUCAAUUUUCAACCCGAACGCCUCGGAAACCACCUUUGAAUAUCAAUAUUAUCAAAAUUCUUUCACACUCCAGAACCUUCGCUAUGAAAUCAUACGAAAGGCAGAGGUCGAGAGAUUAGAGAAACAACGUGAGUUAGAUACGCUGAAUGCGAAGUAUGAGUACCUUAGGGCGGAAUAUCGGAGACUUCAGUGCGAGUGUUGCUAUAGCUGGAAUGGGGCAAUGUGCUGCGGAACUCUUAUUUGUCGCAAAUGCGCCCUAAAGCGCAAAGCCGAAAGCCUUACGAUUGUUGUGCACGAAUGGCCACUUCCAGAAUCUGAAUCAGAGAUGAGGUCUACAUUAUUUGAGCUCCAGCCGCUCAAAGAAUUCGUUAUUUGGAGAGACACCACGUACUACAUUCUCACCGACGUUUGUUCAACAACGGGCAGUUUCACUAGUGAUCCAAAGAAUUGGGGUCUCGAAAAUUGGGAGUCUCUAGCGGCGCAUAAAUCAGCAAUUCAGACGCAAAUAUCGUGGUUUUCGACCAGGACGCCGUUAUGCGGCGCUUCUCACUAUACGGAUAGGAAGAUCCCCGCUCUUGAAAGCGAUGUUCUUCUGAAGCACGCAGGUGUCUAUCGGCUGUUUGAUAAACGCAGAGCAGAAUGGGUGGCCUCUCGUCAUAAGGCGGGAAGUUUUGUGUCAGCUUGCCAGUCAACAGUAUCAGACACUGCCUAUAGCCGCCUUUUAUACGGUAUUAACGAUGUGACUCAUACUCACAAUGAAGUGAUCGCAGCACAGGACCAGUGCCCCGCAGAGAUUUCUCUUCGUGAGUUUGAGGCUUUCGGGUCCUUGAGAUCGGGUCGGAACUUACAGUGGCACAAUAUCCUUCUUGAAUUGCGGAAGGACGAUCUAUCCUUCAAGAAGGAUGCCGUCUAUACGCUUAUAAUGCAUGCAGCAUGCCAAGUUGGAGUUGCGACGGAUCCCGAUGACUGGAGACGAGACGCCCACAUUACCCUAGCUGAUUAUAACUUCUCGAGAGAGCUCCUUCAGACUUUACGACACUUUUUGAGUGUAAUAAGGGACAACUGGGAGCAAGCAAAUACCUUAAAAGUAUUGGUGCUUCUUGCUCGUAAGUUAGCAAGCUGCGGUCAUUCAAAUUUUAGGUCAGAAGCUAUCAAAUACUUAAGGGAAGCCCGGAAGGUUUGCCACCCUUGGAUCCAAAGCUUGCAAAAGAAACUAGAAUUAGCAGCCGAAGACUCAGUAGUACUGAACUUCCGACACUGGCUACUGAGAGUAUCUGGAAUACAGUGUAGCACCUUUGAUGUGGAUGACCAACUUCUCCCUGUGGCGUUCGAAACUCAAAAAGACGUAGUUGAGCUCCUAAUUUGUCGGAAUAUCAUCUACGACAACAGCCUCGGGACGUUUUACCACCUACCACCAGAUUUGCGGUUUCUACAGGAGCGAAAUCGACGAUUUGCUGUAAUCUCCGAGCAUUAUGUCCAAAGCAGCAUUCGUGCAAACCAUGGCAUUCUCUUUGCAGCUAUCAGGGAAAUAUUACCAUCUCACAACCAGGUCUCUGGGAUCUGGGAGCAAAUAAAUAGUUCCGCUGAUAGGUGGUGGCGUUUGGUCUCGGAUGUCGAGGGCACUGUAACCGUAAUCCAUCUAGAUAUCCUGCAAGGGAGACUAUUGGUUAAUGGGAAACCGAAUGGACGACUCCCAGCUGACUAUUAUGAACAUCCAAGUUACCGGAAACUACUCGGAGCGGUACGUAAAUUUCGCCGUGGUCCAACCUGCUUGAUCAUCAUUAACAUAUUACAGCGUAUAUUCGAUGUCAUUGAAUCCUCUCGGCCGGGUAUGUCGUAUCAGACGAAAUCGUUGUUCUCUGGGAUUACAUUACAUUUUCAUCUUGAUGGCCUCAACCUUAUUAUUCAAAAGGAUGAUGGCGACAUCCAUGAGUUCAUCCCAUCGGAGAAAUUCUUAGGCGACGUCCCGAGACCGAUAAUCGAGAUUGGUAGCCAGUGGCUCAAUCUUAAAAAGAAUAAAGUAAUAUUCUACCAAGGGCCUGAAUGGUGGAGGGCAUGUCCAUCCCCGGACGAUUGGAUUCUUCUACAGCGAAUACGUGGUGCUUGGGUCAUGAAACGACAAAACGCGGAGCUUCUGGACAUUUACGGUGACAUUCACGCAGCUUCAUAUGAAGCGUUGGGAACGAUUGAAGCAACUGAUUACAUGAUUGCUACAGUUGAUGAGAGUCUCUCAAUAUCGAUAGACAUUCCCAGGUACAAGCUUAAAUUCUGGAUUAACGAAAAGGGCAAUAUCGAAUGCCGAACUCUCCGGGGGUGGGUUGUCGAUGAGAAUCAGGAAAUAGGGACCUUCAUAGGUCUCAAUAGUUUCGUCAAACUAAGGACGGACGAUGAACGCUGCAGAAAGGAAUCGAUACUAGUUCCUUUUGGUAGGGUUGAAACGACAAUACCUGACCCCAGACAUCAUGCGUUAAUCAAAAUCCAUCCCGGUGAGAGUGAUCGAGAAUUCACGAUUUUCAGUGUCGAUAAAGUCUUAAAUAGACUUCUGGAUGACGGAAGUCUUAGGGCGCGCUAUACUAGGCUGUAUCUCCAUGCUUUAAGCAGCGGUUUACAAGAAGAUCCUCUAACAGGUCGCUGCGGGACUGAAGAGGCGUUGGAUGGCUUGCGGAGCGCGGCGUCAUUUUCUUUCCAGAUUCUUCACGACAACGAAGCGCAUAUUCUUGGGAAAAUUGCGGAGCUAGCUCCCAGCCGUUACUUUUAUCCUUCUCACUUGAAAGUUAUGCAGGAUAUCAAGUGGGAAGAAUCAGUGCCUAUAUGGGUUCAGGAUGAUACGUUCUACCCCGCCGUAAAGGAAAUCUUUCAUGAUUGGUCCCGCCGUCAGUUUUUGAUAGAAGGCUCGACCCUGCAUAAACCCCCUACUCGAGGUUCAGAAGCUCUCACAGAGCGGGCGCGGAACCAUCGCAGCAUCUUCGAACCGGGCGACCCCUUAGCCGAUGCUCGGGCCUCAGCUUCUAAAGUACAUCAAUUGAGGCACGGGCUUAGCGAAGUCGAAGCCUACACCCAAGAUAUGGCGAGAGCAUCUUUUCAGUGGCACCAGAAACAGGAUUUGGACUCAGAUCUUCACAAAUUCUUCGAAUCAAAGAGGGAUCUUCCGGGAUUCAAUAAAAAAAUAUCUCUUAACUAUUGUCCAGAAUGGAGCUACAGAGAUCCUGUCACGGAAUGGUGUACUCUUUAUGAGCUUUGCAGGGUAGCAACAAAAGCACAUCGCUUCGCCGUGCUUUUUACGUUCUCCGCCCUUGUCUACCAAGUUCACGAAAAUCGGAAAUAUUUAAAGUCUCUGCUGGCAAUUGCCGUCAACAGUGGGUUCAACCAGCCAAAGUUGCCAUCUUAUCCGUCUUUCAAGCCUGCGAUUGGUACUUCACCCAACAUUUCGGAUAUCAGGGAGUUUUUUGAUUCAUCCGUUGUGUCGUACGAUGUAUCUGACUACGUCUAUCUACUACAACAGAGGGGCAAGGACGACAAAGAUUAUGGUGUACGACGGCGGAAACAGUUUAUUUCGGAUAGUGAGGCGCAAGUCAACCUAGCAGCUCAAGCGGUAAUGCGACAAUGGCCGAGAGCAUUCGCCACCCCUCCAACAGGCCCUUACUAUAAUUUUAUCGAGAUGAGUAGAGCAAUUGAAAAAAUUAGUCCCUGGUUUGAGAUUUGUUAUCGAAAUCGAGAAUUCUUUCAACUGCUAGAUGAUAUCUCCUCAACGCUUCGAACAUGGAGGUCCGAAGUCAAUAUGGUGCAGAUCUUCGAUUCUUCGGUUCUUGCUGGGCACCGAAUAAGCUCAGCUUCGCAGCCAGCAGGGGAACGGAGCCGCGGAGCACAUUCUUUGCAGGAUUUGCUCGCCGAUAGAUCGCCGCCUAGGCACUUAUAUAUGCAGAAAACCCUACCAUACUCUUUAACCCGGAAUACUAGGGAGGAAGAGCGCAAUCUCGAAGUCAAGUCACUUAAUAUAAUCAUGCGGCAGCUUCGGAACUCACAGGAACCUUUUGCUCGGCAGUAUACCCAAGAUCUGAGAGAGAGCACUGCAGCCUUGCGACAAUAUCUCGGGCCGCAAAGCCUCUUGGACGUCAGAGUUGAGGCAGAGGAACUUCCGAGAUACCGACAAGCUUCUAUCUCCAAUGUAGAAAAUAUAUUUAGUCAAGUGGCGUCAGCAUUGUCCCCGCAAAGCGAGCUCCAACGGCUCUUACGCACAGCGGGGCUCUGGCCGAGUAUCACCAAGCUCAGGGUGCUGCAAAACCUGCGAUUGAAGGAACGAAAGAGGAUAUCUACCGCCUGGCGGAAAACCAUUAUAGAACUGGGCGAGACUAUAACUUGGCAGCAGAGAGCCAACAGGCUUCUCCGGCUUUCCCAGGAUGGCUUAGCCCAGGAGCUCCAGAAGGAGCUGUGGAAUGCCGGUCGACAAAAUUGGAAGGCUGAAGACUAUACUGAUUGGCUGCUGCUAGAGAUAGAUUCCGAGAUGUUAAUCCGGCCUGUUCAAGCGGGCAUCGGUAUGGCCAUGAUGAAUGAUGCUAAAGACGGCAAUGCCGUCAUGCAGCUGAAUAUGGGCGAAGGGAAAUCUGCCGUUAUUGUCCCGGCCGUUGUCGCUGCACUAGCAGAUACCCAAAGGUUUGUCAGAUCUAUUGUGCUCAAGCCACUGUCGACCCAAAUGUUCCGUAUCCUAGUUCAGCGACUUAGUGGCCUUUGCGAUCGGAGGAUUUAUUUCCUUCCACUCUCUCGGGGACUCAGCCUUACAUUGGAUGGCGUCGACAGAAUCAGAAGCCUGUACAAAGACUGCAUGUCCCACGGCUCUAUCCUUCUUGCCCUGCCAGAGCAUCUCCUUUCGUUCAAGCUUAUGGGUCUGGAGAAACUCAUUCAAGGAGACACAGCUCUAUCUCAGCCCCUGAUUACUACUCAGAAGUGGCUAGAUGAAAAUACCAGGGAUGUAUUGGAUGAGAGCGACGAAAUUCUGCAUAUUCGCUAUCAGCUCAUAUACACCAUGGGAGCGCAACAGACCUUAGAAGGCGGCAGGGAGAGGUGGGCAAUAAUUCAAGAGGUUUUGGAUCUUCUUCGAGAAAAGGUGAUUGAAUGGGCUAAGGAAGAUCCCAUGGCUGUCGAGGUGGUGCUCGCUGAGGGGGUCAAGUACCCAUCUAUUCGAAUCAUCGAUAAGGACAAGGGAGAGCAUUUUAUCAAAGAGAUGGCUAAAGACAUCUGCAUCAAUGAUACGGACAAAGUUCCCAGUAUUUCCCUGAGAUUAAAGCUUCUGAACACGGAAACAAGAGAACUCGCUCGCAAGUUCAUUGCCGUUCAGGACAUACCUUUGGAAGAACAGCAAACGUUAUUUUCAAGCUGCGAACACUUAAAAACUCAGCUUUUAGUCCUCCGGGGGCUCAUUGCAGACGGCGUUCUCCUGUUCGUUCUCCAAGAGAAACGAUAUCGAGUAGACUAUGGAUUAGACACCAAACGUUCCAAUCUCGCUGUUCCAUACCGGGCUAAAGAUCGUCCGGCUGUCAAAGCGGAGUUCGGUCACCCUGAAGUUGUGCUAACGCUCACAUGCCUGACGUAUUAUUAUACCGGGUUGGAUGAUUCUAACUUGCAAAGCUGCUUUAACCUUCUUCUCAAAACGGACGAUCCGGACCUUGUAUACGAGAACUGGACCAAGAGGCACAGUGAUGUUCCGGCGAGCCUUUCAAAGCUCCGAGGCCUGAAUCUCCUUGACCAGGACCAGGUUAACAAGGAAAUUCUCCCCUUCUUCAAGUACAACAAGGAUGCCAUCGACUUCUUUCUUGCGGAGCUUAUUUUUCCUAGAGAGGCAAAAGGAUUUCCUUAUAAACUGUCGACGAGUGGGUGGGAUAUUGCUCAGAGAAAAGGCCAUAAUACUACUGGCUUCAGCGGCACAAAUGACAACCGAUACCUCUUACCCACGAGUAUUAAGCAACUGGAUCUGGCUCAACAGCUACACACGAACUCUUUGGUCCUCACGAAUAUCUUACGGGAUGAAAACAGUGCUGUCAUCAAAGUCCACCGCAACGGUGUUAAGCUCCAAGCGAAUGAAAUGCUAGCACUAGUGGUGGGUUUGACUCCAAAGGUUCAGGUACUACUUGACGUCGGCGCUCAGAUUCUAGAGCUCACAAACGAAGAAGUUGCACGCCAAUGGCUUGACUGCGAACCUUCGAGUAAUAUCCUAGGAACCGUGUUCUUCGGAGGAGAUGACGAAUUGCGCGUGACGAGACGAGAUGGCAAGGUGGAGUCUUUCCUGUCAUCUUCACUAUCGAAGCAAUUAGAUCGAGUCUUGGUGUAUUUAGACGAAGCACACACGCGCGGUACCGACCUGAAACUUCCGAUCGGCGCAAGAGCUGCGGUGACUCUCGGACCAAAUUUGGCAAAAGACAAGUUUGUGCAAGGUUGCAUGAGAAUGCGGAAACUUGGACAAGGGCAUUCGCUUACAUUCCUAGCCUCACCGGAUAUCUACGCCCACAUUCAAAAGGCAGUUGUCGACACUAUUCAAAAGGAUGUAGAUAAACCACCAAAUGAGGUUAUCACGACAUCCGACGUUCUUCUUUGGACGAUGCUAGAAAGUUGCCGACAGAUACAACACGGGUUUGCAAUAUGGGCGGAUCAAGGUUCCCAUUAUCUGAAGCGUAAAGAUGGCUGGUAUGACUUCCAGAUCAACGGGGAUCAUUCCAAGCUAAAAGAAGCUACGAUGGAGGUGGAGACACGGUCACUGGUGGAAAUGUACGCUGUGCAAGAAGAAAAGCGACGGGUGGACGUAAGGAUUGCGUGCUGCCGAGAUUCGCAUACGAUUCAAGCUCGCCUUCACAAAUUUGCCGUCAGCCGCUCCAGCGCAGCCGGGGUCCAGGAAGAGCAAGAAAGAGAAGUCGAUCGCGAAAUGGAAGAAGAGACAAACAUCGAACGCCCACCGCCGGCAAAUGCCAGGGAACACUAUCUUCAUCCCGAUGUAGUAGACUUGGUCACAUUAGGGGAAUUCAGAUCUUCGUCCUCGGCAUUCGCCCUCGCAUUCAAUAUCUUUGAGCAUACAUCAAGUCGCGGCCUCCUAGAGAUCAAUGCGUGGAAUUCGAACCUUUUCGUCACUCAAGACUUUGCGCGUACCGUUGAAAGAGGAUGUACUGAUGAUAUGGAUGAUUAUUUGAGACCGGUUCGAUGGAUUAUUUCACUCCGACACCACCCUUAUCUUAUUUUAAUCAGUCCGUAUGAAGCAAACAAGCUAAUGAAAAGCUUCAGAAAUUCGCCCGUGUGCCGCCUCCACUGUUACACACCGAAAGUCUCUCGAACUAUGCAAGCAUUUGAUCAACUAAUCUUCUGCCCUGUUCCCGGGACGUCGUCUUUUCCAAACGCCCCAGUGGAUCUUAAAAACCGGUUUCUUCUGAACAUAUUUGCAGGACAGUUGUUUUUCGAGGAUAUUCGAUACUACAGAGCUCUGUGCGAGUUGCUUGGGAUCUACUACGGCAAGGUACAGGCAGAUGUGGAUAUAAAAAGGGAAAAUGAUGGAUGGAUAAACCAAUUUGCCCGAGAAUCGUUAGGGCUGAGAGUAGAUCGGCCUAUCAUUGUGUUCUCCCGAAGUCCGGUUCCCUUCCUGCGCGAGAUUACCAAGAUGAGGAGGAAAGGACAAGGCUUCGCUUCGACACACUUGGGUUGUCUAUUGAGUGCCCGAGUUUUGCAGGAGAAUGACUUUACCCUCUUACCCUCUAGCAUACAUGAUCAUGAGAAAAACUCAUCAGCACGGCCUAUUCCGUCAUAG